AACUGACUAACGUUUCCUGUCAUUGAGCAUUUAGUGCAAACCUCAUAAAUUUCCCCGACCACCAUCAUCAACCCUCAUUCUAUUUAAUCUUAUCCACACAAACGCACUCUCACACCCAACAAUGGCAGAUCAACAAUCCUCAAUCGACCCCUACAAGUUCCUCAACAUCGUUCCCAACCCAGAUGGCUCACUCACCCGCCUCGCCCCACUCCCAUUCGCACCCACAACCGAGUCAAUCCCCGCCGAUUCUGAUCCCAACUCGUCCCAACUCGUCCUCUCCAAGGACAUCCCUCUCGACCCAAAAUCCAAAACCUCCCUCCGCCUCUUCAAACCCAACAAUCUCCCCCCAAACCCAAACCCAAACCCAAACCAUAACCUCCCUCUCCUCAUCUACAUCCACGGCGGCGGCUUCAUCAUCUGCAGCGCCGCCUCUCAGCCUUUCCACCACUGCUGCUCUCGCCUCGCCCUCUCCAUCCCAGCCCUAGUCCUCUCCGUCGAGUACCGUCUCGCCCCCGAGCACCGCCUCCCCGCCGCCUACGACGACGCCGUUUCGGCCAUCACCUGGCUCAAAAACCAGGCCUCCUCUGCCGACGGAGAUUCGUGGCUGAAAAACUCCGUUGAUUUCUCCAAGUGUUUCAUCAUGGGAACUAGCGCGGGAUCCAAUAUCGCCUACCACGCGGGUCUACGCGCUUCCGAUAUGGACCUCUCCCCGAUCAAAAUCCGAGGGCUGAUAUUGCACCAGGCGUAUAUCGGCGGGGUCAACAGGACCGAAUCCGAGAUCAGGUUAGUCAACGACCGGGUGCUGCCGUUAGUUGCUAACGACUUGAUGUGGGCCCUGAGCCUGCCGGAGGGGGCUGAUCGCGACCACGAGUAUUGUAAUCCAUCUAUCAACGGCGGUGAUGGAAGGAUCGGACGGUUGCCGUGGUGUUUGGUUAGCGGGUACGGCGGCGACCCGCUGGUGGAUAGGCAGAAGGAGCUCGCGGCAUUGUUGGAGUCACGCGGGGUGCACGUGAUGGCCCGGUUUGAGGAGGAUGGUUUUCAUGGUGCGGAAUUUGACCCCAACAAGGCCGAGGCUUUCUAUGAGAUUGUUAAGGAAUUUAUCGGCUCUUGUUGUGCAUACGUCGGCGAUGAUGUUGGCGUUGCAAAAUCGACCGUAUGACUAAUGAGAUUGUGUGGCGAAUACGGGGUGGAAUCGGGUUGGUCUGUUCGGUUUUUAGAUUCUUCGUAAAGCUGAAGCUUAAUUUAAACUAGAUAUAAAGCGCGGGAUUUCUUAUUGUUAACCAUAUUGUAUGCAAGGUUUAUUGGUAAAAUGUAAUAGAUUACAAUAUAAAUUUGAAAACGAACAAUUAUAAAUUCUA